AUGACGGCCACAUACGAGCAUUGGCUUGUCUUUACUGAAACGGAGGAUCGCAUUCUUAAGCUGCUUUUCGAGUCGGAAGGCAAUAUCCUAGACAAUGAAGAUCUUAUAAAUACUCUGAACACCUCGAAGACGACCUCAUCUGAGAUUGCCAAACGCCUGUCCGAGGCCGAAGCGACUGAAGAGAAGAUUAGUAUUGCCCGAUCAAAGUAUCUGCCAGUUGCGACACGCGGUUCCGUUCUCUACUUUGUGGUAGCUACGAUGGCUGAAAUUGAUCCGAUGUAUCAGUUCUCUCUCAAAUAUUUUAUCACGGUACUUACGGCAUAA